AUGGCUGCACCACCUAUUGGAACUGCCGGCAUCGACGGAUUGGUCACGAACCCUGUAAUGCUCGAUUAUCCACCACGAAGCUGCCAAGCGGAAACUUCAAGGUGUUCCUGUCCAAGCCAGAGCACAAUCAUCCGCCCUCCAAGCGCCUUCGUAGGCAAAAGCAGCGUAGCCAUCUACUCGGCCACAUCGCGCGGACGGAUGCAACUCAUCUACGGCGGCCAGCCGUUCAUCUUCGAGAAGACGCUGAAGCUAUCGACGGGCGAGGAGAAGCGCUUUUGGAGAUGCAAUCAGUGGUGGAAUCAAAAGUGUCGCUCCCGUGUAUUCACCAUCAACGACGUGGUCUGUCCCUUGAAUCGAUUCCACACGCACGAGGAAAUUGUGCGCCGCAAGAAGAGGGUGCGCCGAGUGCCACCACCGGUGGUGGUGAAGGUGGACACCACGACGUCGGCCAGGCAGCAACAGCAUCAGCAGGAGAUCCAGCUGGCCAGCGAUGCCAUGCUGACCACAGCCCUGGAGGACGAAUCCCCAGCGACGAUUGAUGUCAGCGAGUUGGGAAUGCAUCUGAAGUAUGAGGAGAUAGUGGCGGAUGUUACGGGCAUUGUGGGCGGUGUCAGAGUGGUCAGUCGUCGGAAGUGAUGCCCGCCACUUCGUUCGGAUUUGGUGGCGUCAUCUAAUUUUUUCAUUAAUAAUCGUCGGAGUGGAUUUUAGUUUAUAAAAUACAUUUUACUUUUCUAAAGCACCUCAGACCGAACUGUACAUUUUGAGAAUUUUAAGUAGCCUAAAAACGUAUGCUCUAUUUUAAAUGUGAACUUGAACAUUUUCAAUAUUAUUUAGUUAUUAGCAACCGCGCUCCUAUCACUUACUUGUGCGUAAAUAUAGAUUUUAACUUGUGUUUUUAGGAGACGGACAAACUAAUUUAACUCUCACCAUUCACUUUAUACAAAUCUAAAUAUAUAUAUAUGUGUGUAAAUCCAAUAAACUUAAGCCUUUAACAGUGCACUUUAUAUAAAUCUGUAGUUAACUGAUGACUCGAUGAUAACUUUAUGCAAUUUUCAUGUGUAAAAAAACCCUGUAGUAAUCAUCCGGAUCCUAUGCUUUCUUUUUCUUGCAGUCGCCGAAGCCUCAUUCUACUUCACCAAGGGUCAGAGGGAAUCGAUCAAGCUCAACUACGGCGGCCACAGCUACGUCAAGUUUAUGGAGAACGGACGCGGCACUAAAUGGAUAUGUGCCACGCGCUCCACCACCAAGUGCCGGGCCCGCAUUCGGACCACCAAAAACGAUAGACUCGAGGUUCUUCAUGCCCCGCACAAUCACGAACUGACGUUGGUGAAAAAGGAGCGGGGAGGCCUACGUAAGAAGGUUAAAAAAUCGAAAUGAAACGGUAGAAUACAGUUUUACUAUUAAAAUCUGCCAUAUAAAUAUAUAUUUUUACAUAUCUAUAUGGAAAGAUAUAAGAUAUAUAUAAAGUUGAAGGUCUUUUUUUGUCUUAAAUAAAUAUAUAUUAAGAAAGAAAUAAUUAAACAAAACAAUUAAGUAUACUCAAAGAUACACAUUUAAAAUUAGCUGAAGAAAACUGAAAUAUAAGUUCUAUAUAAGAAAUUCAAAGAAAAUUUACAAAAA